AGAUCCAUGUGUCCGCCCACUUCACCCUUCCCUCUGCUGCAUCUGGCUGCCUGGCAGCAGUGCCUCGAAUACAGUCUGUAUCCAGAGAAGCUGAGAGAGCUGCGCCUUUAAUUCGUUUAUUCACGAAGAGCACAUGAACCCUCGGCUAAAAAAGCUGAUUCUGUAAAGACUUCACCAUUUCAGAAGUGUGGCAAAAAUGGGGUCAUAUUUGUCAGGUAGGCUGAUCUCCCAUGCCUUCUUUUCAACCGUGACUGACCCCUCUCCCUCAAUGUGUUAUCCUUAUAGCGAACAAGAUUUUCUCCUGUGAUCUUUGUGACUAUCAAACAAAUCAGCUCCAUCUGCAUACAAAUUCCACCCUUCAAUAUGAAAAUAUUUUUUUGCAUUACAGUGUGUGAUUCUUCGUUUUUGCCUGCAACUAACAUUUUGUUGGUUUGGUCUACAAAACAAUGCAUACUGCUCCUUGUCCUUCCAUCGUCCUGAAGCUGGAGCAACCUUCAGGUUCUCACCCAAUGCAAUGUGACACAAACAAUUUGCAUUGAGGAGGUAAAAGCGGGCGUUGUUAUUUGUAGCUGCUCAUAGCCUUUUACAGUUCCACAGCACCUGGUCCCAGUAGCCGAGUUCUAGUGUAUCACCCUCUCCCCCCUUCUGCACACACACAAGUCACCCAGUGACUUUGUAUGUAAUGUGCAUUGACGUGCUGGUGACUAUCAUGUGUUCUCCCUGCUCUAGCUGGAUGUUUGUCACUUUUAGGCUCCCGCCGCCCUGGUUGGCAGGCCGCCGUGGCUGGAGGCAAGUGUCCAACACUCGUCUCAGCACUGGAUCACACAAACAAGCUUUGAGUUUGCUUCCCGUUUCAAGACUGGAGAGCUAGAGUGUUCUCCAAUCCCGAGAAUAAUGGUAGCAAACUGUACCAUCUUAUCAGUGUGGCGAUCUAAGUUGGAUGUUCCACUCAGCAGGCACCUUGCAGGUCUGUCUGAAAAGACCUGAAGGAGAGUUAAGAACCGAAGCAGUUUUUCAGUAACAUGCGGAAGCAAUGAGAAAAAGAGGAAGCCGCUCCAUAUAUAUGCCUGUGCAUCGCCGUAGGAAAGGGCUAACAUGUACUCCAAAGGCACCAAACGCAAGUUCUCUGAUGGUGUGGACAACAAGGCGGUGGCGGCAUCCUAUAGCCUGCAGCGCCAGUCCCUGCUGGACAUGUCCCUGCUCAAGCUGCAGCUGUGCCACAUGCUGGCGGAGCCCAACCUGUGUCGCUCGGUGCUCAUCGCCAACACGGUGCGCCAGAUCCAGGAGGAGAUGGCCCACGACGGCAGCUGGCAGGUGGUCACAGAGGCCUUAGGUGGCUCUGGCCAUGGCCCAUCUGACCGCUUGGUGGACACCGAGGUUCUGUGCCAGUCGCUGGAGCAGCAGGACGGUGGGCCUAGGCUAUACUCAGUGAUGGGCUACGACGGCUGCCGUGAGGAGGAAGUGGUGACGGACAAGGCACUGUGUUCUGUGGUGGUUGGCGACAGGUCCCCGGCCCUCCUGUUGGGGACCAUUGGCCACUGCUGGGACAGGGGGGAACUGAGAGUGGAGGAUGGGGUCAGCAAAGACUCAGGUAUGGGGGACGAGGAGGGGACGAGGUCUGGGGAGGGGGCUAAAAUGGCAACGGGGCAGGUGUUUGGGACUUUUGAGAUCAAGAACGGUGCCCCCGGGUCAGACCCGGCACUAGAGGAGCUGUUCUCUGACGUUGAUGCCUCAUAUUAUGAUUUGGACACCAUGCUGACAGGCAUGCAGAGUGCCCCCAAGAUGGGGCCUUACGACUUUCUGGACAGCUUGGCCUCCUCACACGGCUCUGUGUCCAACUCCAGCUGUAGAGCCGAUCUCAAUGAACUUGACCACAUUAUGGAGAUCAUUGUGGGCUCAUAGCUUACAGACUUAAAACUCCAAUACUGUUUCAUUGAUCUUGUGCCACUGCCUUUUUGUCUUGUAUGUGCGGACAUACAGUAUUUACACACUUUCCUCUAUGGAAACUGAGUGAAAUCCAUCUCCGUGCAAUGAAAUGUUCAUCUGAAAAGGUUCACGCUUUCUCAAGUUCACCAUCCUUUUUCUUAUGUAUACUUUCUUUAUGUUUGUAUUUGAGUGUGUUCUCUCUUCUGUUUUUUUAUGUUGUUUCUGGUUUAAUUUAUUGUACUUAUUACACUACAUCAAUUCAGAGCAGCACAACAUAUUUACAUGAACUAUACAUAUUUUCUUUAUAAAUAUAUAUAAGAAAAAUAUUGUUAAAACGUUUCUGUAUAAAUAUACACAUAUAUAUUUUUUUACUAAAGAGACAGUCUGGGAAUUGUUCUUUUUUUUUUCUAUAUUUCUAUAUCCAGAACAAUUGCACAAAAGCUCUAAUUUACCUGUUGUCUUCCAAAGGUUUAACUUUGGUUGUGUCUUUGAGCUACAAGAGUAAAGAUGCAUUGUCGAAAACAUGAAUUGCGUUCAGUAUGCUCACAAUGUGACGCCUUGUCUUGGUCUAUGGUUUGGUUCUACAGUAUAUGCACCAUGUACAGUAUUCCUUAUGAACACAUUGCCUUCUUGAGCCAUACAGUUUGUUUUUGCACCACAGCUAGCUUAACCUCACAGCCUAGCAUGUGGUGCCAUUUGUUUUCUAUUAGAAAUAACAUAUGUUCUUAUAUUUGUCUCAUUACAAAUGAAGAAUUGUAAUGGGUAUAUUUCUCAUGUUAUGUUAUGACUUUUAGCCUAUUUUAUUUAUUAAGUGUAAACAUAUGGUGGCGUUAAACCUUGGUAAUACUUAAGGUUGUAGAAGCUUUUCAGCUUUCUGACAUGAAUUGAUAUUUUGAAAUCGUAAUGAGUUUCCGGACUUUCAUGCAUACUUUUAGUGAAGUAAUUACUUUCUUAUUCAAAACAAACUGAGAACAUGUAAAGAAUUGUGCUAUUCAGCUGACCUAUUCCAACAAUUUUUUAUUUUUUUUAAUCGCGUUCAAAGCCUGCACUCAGGCACAAGUUAAUAUUGUGAGAAUACAACUGAUUGCUGAUUAAACAGACAUGAGGUGGGAGAUCUCACAUUUCUUUUUGAUAAAUAAGUACUGUACAUUUGACAUUUGUGACCAUGAGCUAGAGUAAAUUUAGCUUUUUUUUAAAUACAAGUAAACUGUAGCAGUUUUUACAAUUUUUAAUAAAGGUUACAACAUUAUCGUAAUAU